AUUUGGGUGCAUGGUGGUGUUUCAUGUGCCUAAAGAGAAAAGGGGGAAGUUGGAGGCUUCUGGAAGAUGGGGUGUGCACUUGGGGAUUGCAAAGGAUCACAAAGCGUGGCUGCUAUGGGACUUGACCACCCAGAAGCUGACAGUGUCAAGGGAUGUGAAGUUUCUUGAGUCCCUGUACUACAAGGAAUGGAAGCAGCAGCAACAGAAGCUUCCAUCUACACCGCUCAUUGUGGAGGUAGAUGAGGUGCAGCGGCCUUCAAGACAGGUGGAGGUUGCAGUGUCUGAGGAGGAGAUGUCUGGGGUGACUGAGGAAGAGGGAGCAGCUGAGGUGGAGCAGCAGCAGCAGCAUGAGUCUCCAUCUCGAGUUCCACACCCGCCUGAGCGACCUAGGAGGGAUGUGCGCCCUCCGAUGCUGGAGAUGCAGUUCAAGUGCUCCAAGAUGGGUGAGGUGAAGUACUACCUGGGGAUGCAUGUGGAGAGAGAUGUGGAGAAGGGUGUGCUGAGGUUGCACCAGAGGAAGUACUGUGAGGGGCUGGCUGAAAAGUAUGGGCUGCAAGAUGGGGGAAAGCCAGCAACACCACUGCCUUCGGGGUUUACUGUGGAGCCAUGUGCUGAUGAGGAGGUAGUGGGUGAGAGUGACAGAAAGCUGUUUCAUUCGAUGGUUGGGUCGCUGAAUUAUGCUGCAAAUCAUACACGGCCUGACAUUGCAUUUUCUACAUCACGGUUGGCUAGUGUGGUCUCACGCCCUAGUCAUGAGCAGCUGGAAGCGGCCAAGAGGUUGGUCCGCUAUGUGAGUGCUACGGCAUCAGUGGGAUUGGAGUACAGUGGAGUGAGGCAGCGGUUGCAGAGAGGUGCUGCAGAUGUGAAGAGUGGUGAGAUGCUCUUGAGUUGCUAUACUGACGCUAGCUUCAACUCAGUGAAAGCGGAUGGCACCAGCAUUGGGGGUUAUGUGUGCUUGCUGGGAGGUGGUGCUGUGAGCUGGCGCAGCAAGAAGCAAAAUGAGGUGGGAUUGUCUUCAUGUGAGACUGAGUAUUUGUGAUGAUAGAUCUUGAGAAGAUCUUUCCGACGCAACAAGAAUCUCUUCAAUUGGAGCAAGAACGCGAAAGCUAUGAAGAUUCAAAGUUCUUGAGCUUGCGUUACAAUUGCGGCGGUUACAAAGUGAAGUUGUGGGGUGACUCACAAUGGAGUUGAGACCUUUGGGGUUUGGGAAACUUGUCACUCUACUGUAACAGCUGCAAAUAGGUUGGGAACAACCAAGCUAGGUUGGCAAGGGUGGCCAACUUGGAUGGAUUGGUUGGGAAGGGACAAAGGUCAAAGUUGAGGUUCCUAUAGGGAGGGAAUCUUUGUGCUUAUGGGGUUUCCUUGGUUGGGGACUCUCUUGGGAUCUUCCCUCUCAUCCCUCUCUUUCUAUCCCAACCUUUCUCUUGCUCCUUCUAAUUCCUUGUGAGAUUCUUGAACUUUGAUUGAACUUUUGAGAUUGAGUUAAGUUCUCCUCCUACAGCUUACCCCCUAGUGCGUCGAAAGCCAUAGCGUCGCGAAUACUUCAUCAAUCAACAUGAUUCAAAUUGGGAACGGUAGCUGAGAUUAAGAGCUACAACAUAUCCAAGUUUCGCGACAUUCCAACGGCUACUUUUUUGUCGACGUCGUUUCUUGUGAAGACGACUUUUCUGUCCAGAAUUUCGAAUUUAUAUUUUGAGUAAUUCUAGCUCCUAAGCUCACCUAGACUCCG